AUGUGGAUGUUAACGCCGCGGGGAAGGAUGGGCCCUCUCCUCUCGGCCGCCUCCGUCCUCCUCCUCCUCCUCCCCCUCUUUCUCCUCCUGGCCCUGAGCGCCGCGUCUCCGGCCACGGUGGCCAACCCUGAGGAUUACGCCGCCGACGAGGCGGAGCGGACCGCCGCGGAUAACAUGGUUUUUGACGACUACCGGGGAAAGGGCUGCGUGGACGACAGCGGGUUCGUGUACAAGCUGGGGGAGCGCUUCUAUCCGGGACACUCAAACUGCCCGUGCGUGUGCACGGAGGACGGGCCCGUGUGCGACCAGCCCGAGUGCCCCAAACUGCACCCCAAGUGCACGAAAGUCGAGCACAAUGGAUGCUGCCCCGAGUGCAAGGAGGUUAAAAACUUUUGCGAGUACCGAGGGAAAACGUAUAAAAUACUGGAAGAAUUCAAGCCGUCGCCCUGUGAAUGGUGCCGCUGCGAACCAAAUAACGAGGUACACUGUGUGGUGUCUGACUGCGCUGUCCCAGAGUGCGUCAACCCUGUUUAUGAGCCGGAGCAGUGCUGCCCCAUCUGUAAAAAUGGUCCAAAUUGCUUUGCCGGAACGACGAUCAUCCCAGCCGGAAUUGACGUAAAGGUGGACGACUGCACCAUCUGCCGCUGCCACAACGGAGACUGGUGGAAGCCGGCGGGGUGCUUGCGGCGGGAGUGCCUCAAUGGCCAGUCGUCGUCAUAAAGAGAGAGACUCCACUGUGGAUGGUGGAUAAACUCAGGCAAGGCUCUGCCUACUGCGCCAUUUUAUAUGAUUGACAGGGCAUGAGCACAAUUCCUUUAAAAAAAAAAAAGGGUGGGGGAAAAAAGGAAACAAAAAGUAAUAUGGAAAACAGACGGCAUAGAGUUGAGGAGAUCCUCUCACAAGCUUCACACAGAUCCAAGAUUUUUGCCAGUGAGACGAUGGUGGAAACUGUCUCACGGCUGUUUCCGCCCCGCAGUUUUACUCGCCCUAUAUAUUUGCAAAAACUCGACUCUGUUGCUUUCUCUCAGAAAGUUUCUAAGCUUCUUGAACUUUUUUUUUUUCCUAACCACCGGCAACGUUGAACUGCUUUCGUCAAGUUUCUGUAUGUAUGUCAUCAGCUUGUUGUUACUACAUGUUAUUCACGACCUCGCUGGUGUUGUAAAGUUCUAACAGCAGGAAAAAAAAAAAAAAAA